UACCACAAAACAGUCAUGGACGUAAGAAUAUAUAGACGGAACUUUCUGCUGCGGGGUAGGUGAUAAUAGCGGAAAAUCAAACCUAAAACUUAAACGGAGAAACAACAUAGAAGAGAGAUUUGAGAGAAAAACAGAUGCAAAUUGAGCACUAUUUUUACAAUGGACUAUAUUGAUACAAGCUACACGUUAAUACGUGCAGUUCGUGAAGGAAACCUAGAGAGAGCAAGGGAGAUACUUACUUAUUUUGGACUAUCUUAUUCACAAGCAUGGAAAGAAGGAUAUGUUUUACUUUGUGAUGCUAUUGAGAAUAGACAUACAGAAGUUAUUAAACUACUUUUAACAAAUGGUUCUAAAGUUAACAGCAACACUGACGAAUAUGAUAAUGACGAUCUUGGUACUCCACUUCAUCUUGCUGUUAUAAAUGGUGACAUAGAACUUGUUAAGAUGCUUCUAGACAGAGGUGCUAACGUUAAUGCUGAAACUCAGGAAGGUACAACUUUGCUUCACAAUGCGAUUGUAAAGGAAGAAAUAGAAAUUGCUGAAUUACUUUUAAAUCAUGGAGCUAACGUUAAUGCCAGAGAUAAGUCAGGUGUUACACCACUAUGUCUUGCUGUUAAAAAAAGACAUAUAAGUGGUGUUAAGCUGCUUUUGGACAGAGGUGCUAACGUUAAUGCUGAAACUCGAAAUGGCACAACUCUGCUUCACAAUGCGAUUAACUAUAAGAAUAAGAAAAUUGCUGAAUUACUUUUAAAUCAUGGAGCUAUCGUUAAUGCCAGUGAUAGAUACGGUGUUACACCACUAUAUUUUGCUAUUAAAAGUGGACGUGUAGAUGGUGUUAAGAUGCUGUUGGACAGAGGUGCUAACGUUAAUGCUAAAACUCGGGACGGCACAACUCCGCUUCAUGAUGCUAUUAAAUAUGAGAAAAUAGAAAUUGCUGAAUUACUUUUAAAUCAUGGAGCUAACCUUACUGCUAGUGAUAAGUCAGGUGUUACACCACUGUUCCUUGCUGUUGAAAAAGAAUAUGAAAAAUUUAUUUAUUUCAACAUGAUUUGUGACAGACGUGCUAACGUUAUUGCUAAAACUCGAAAUAGCGCAACAUUGCUUUCUAAUGCUAUUGAAAAUAGGGAAAUAAAAAUUGCUGAAUUACUUUUCAAUCAUGGAGCUAACGUUAACGCCAACGGUGUUACAUUACUGUGGUUUGCUAUUAACAGAGGACAUGUAGAUGAUGUUAAAAUGCUAUUGGACAUAGAUGCUAAUGUUAAUGCUGAAGCUCGGUGGACUGGCAUAACUCCGCUUNAUAUUGCGAUUCAAUAUGAAGAAAUGGAAAUUGCUGAAUUACUUUUAAAUUAUGGAGCUAACGUUAAUGCCAGUGAUAUAUACGGUGUUACACCACUGUGUCUUGCUGCUGAAAAAGAAAAUGUAGAAGUUGUUGCAAUGUUGUUAGACAGAGGUGCUAACAUUAAUGCUAUAUCAUAUAAGGAUUAUAAUGACUUUUCUAGUCGCAUCGUUUGUGUAGAAAUUGCUGAUUUUCUUAAACAGCAUAUAGUUAAGAUAAAAGCUGCAAAUUUAUCCGUAAGUGAACAAUUAUUAUCAAUGAGCAGCAAUUAUGAAAUAAGGGAUUUACAGGAUGAAUGUGAAAAAGAAGUAGCAAUCAUGAAGAAUGAGAAAAUUAGUAAUACUAACAUAUCAUUUUACGAUAUCUUGAUAAAAGAUACAAAUCUAGUAGCAAUAUACAUGAGAAAUGAAAAUGUAGUGCAGGUUUUAAGAUCAGACGAGUAUAAAACAAAAUUUCCAAUAUACUCUAGCAUGAUAAAAAAUCAGUUCAAAAAAGGUAUGAAAAAGAAAGAGUUGCUUGAACAAGGAACUAAAAUUUUCUAUUUUUUCUGUAAAUUUCCUGAGCUACCACUUGAGUGUAUUGAACAAAUAUUUAGUUACCUAAGUGAUAAUGACAUAAGAAUUUUAAUAGAUACUUGUAAGUCUGUUAGUGUCAGUAAUCUUAAUACUGAUAUUAAUGAUGAUAGAAAUUAAUUCAAAUACAUCCAAAGUGCUAUGUGUGUAAGUUAAAGGAAGAACAAACUACUUUAAACAUGAAAUAACAGCUAUAAAAUCUUAAAGAUUAUUGCUGUAUUUUAAAUACAGAUUACUAUCUUAUUUUGAAAUUAUUUUGUUUUUAAGAUUUUAUUUU